AUGUCACUGUAUCACAGCAGCGGCUACUUGGGAUACUUAUUCUCGAAGACGCCUUCAUCCGUAAUGAAGAGGCUGAAGUCUGUAUCUUUACACGUUGAUGUCAUGCGCGACAGUAUUAAUCAGCUGUGCUUUCCGUGUCCAACACAAGACUUGUUGCAUUCGGUUUGUCGUUUAGCCGAUUCACACUUCGAAACAUCCAUACAGGUUUGA